GUCAUGACAAGAUUUCUAAUCACCGUGAUAUCCUUGGGCUCGUUAAUAUACCACAACUUGUACAUAAAUAUUAAAAUUAUUUCAACGUCUUGACAUUUCUUUGGCAGACGACAAUUUUAAAAGUCACGUGGAAGACGUCGUUGAACCGUGGCGUUUACACUUGCGUGAUUACGCGUGUCACUCUCGACAACUAUUGGUUCACGGCUUGGUGUUCAACCACUUGUCACUCGAACAGAGUAAAUACUUUCUACGAUAUCAUUAGUAUAGUACGGAUUAAAAAAAUGUAGGACUAUGUAAAACGUUAUUAGAAGUGAUGAUGGCCUGCAUGGCUAUCUACUGGACAAUUAUUUCUCUGUAUCUUAGUAUAUUUAUAGUUAAAGCGCAAAAUAUUUGCUACAAAUGUGAUUGUACUAUCAGCGAGGAGUAUUCAGAUGUCCGAGCAGUGCGCAAGGUACAACCAGUGUGUAAUGAAGGUAGUUUCAAAUGGUAUAAUGUUUAUGGAGGCGCCCUCAGAAUUAACUUUAAACCAAUAUUCCGUGGUGACUUUCGGCUGUGUUUCGUCUUGCAUGCAGAAAAUGCAAGAGUUCAGAUUUCACAAGAACUUCCAAAUGAGUCUACAUACAGUGUAAACUAUAAACGACCUGCGGGCUUAAAACGACUUCUAGCAGCAGACGGCAGGACUAAUGAGACAUGUAUAACGUCGUCUGGUGAUAACAUCCAUUUAUUUCUAGAACCAGAAAGAACUGUAGAAUCUACUGGCUUUAGUUUUGUUGACAUGAAAUUUAUAAUGGAAAAAAAUAACGAAGAACUUGUGUACAACACAAAAGAAGAGUGUAGACCAUGUACCGAUAUAGAGCUUAUAAAAGCAUACUGUUCCCACUCAGAUGUCGUGAUUGUAGGGUCUAUGGACGACGUUAAACAUAUACAAGAUCAAACUGAUAUUAACAUCAAGAUUUCUAAAGUAAUCCGCAAUAGGGAACUUUUGAUAGAGGGACCAAAGAAAAGAAAUGGACCUUAUAUUACAGAAACAAUGACAAGGCAUAGACAGUGUGGUGUCGAAUAUGGACCAGGAUUAUUUUUAUUCACUGGAAAAUGGCGAUUAGGGCAGCUAAAAAUGACUUGUUCUCCGUAUUUUAAUGACUGGAGCUUAGUAUCCAAACGAGCAGUAUUAGAAGGUUCAAUGGAUUGUCCUGUUGUCAGCUAGUAGUGUUUGAAGUUUUUGAACAGAACUGUGAUAUUGUUAAACGUGCAAUGUAUUUGUAAAUAUGCUUUAAAAUUGUUAUUUUAUUUCAAAGUUUAUUGUAUUACAAUAAGAUCUCAGUUAUCAUGUUUCACAUUGACACUGUAUAUAUUUCAUUUCUACAGAUUCUGAUAAAUUUAUUGUCCAGAUUUUGUUGGGUGGGGACAAUGAAAUAUCAGAUAACAGGGUGUACUGAUUAUAACUUAAAUUUUAGUACCUGUUAACUUCAUCACAUACCUACUGAAAUAUGUUUUAUAAUACACGGGCACCUGUCAUCCUAUACUUUAGGUAAACAUAAAUUUGCAGUAAAACAUACCAAUGCAUUCAUUAAGUUGAUAACCCGCGCCGUUGCUUUUAGGGACAAGUUGCAUUGACCAUGAAGUUUCAUAUGACCCAUUAGGAGAAUGAAGUUUUACUUUCACCUGUAUGUCGUAUUUACAGAAAAUGAGCAAGAAUGUGAACAUUAUAAAUGAGUUUACCCAUAUGUAUCAUUUGAACAUGCACUUACUUAUGUUGAUGCACAUUCACUUUCAUUACUGAACAUAAAAAUUUCAGCAUACAAUAUGUAAAUAGCUGUUAGUAAUGCAUUAAAAAGUAUAAAACUUUUGAUGCAUGUAAGCAAGGAUUUGUACUAUACAAAUCCUUGAUGUAAGUAAGUUAAAAUAUUUACUUCCGAAACUUUUGUAAAAAGGUUGAAAAAAAGGAUGUCAAGGUGAAUAAAAAAAAAUCAUUUUUUUCGAAGGACAGACAGCACAAAGAGUAAAAUAGAAAAAUAAAAACAGUUCAUAAAACUUUACACAGAAAUCUGAAGAUUGAAAAAAACACUGAAAAACUGGAAUACUGAAAUCGUAGGGUCCAAAAUGGUAGACAGUUCCUGUUUCAAUAGUGGAAAGUAGCAGAGUGUCGUGUUUCUCAUUUAAAUGAUAAUCUGUUUCAAACCCAAAGCUGUCUUUCCUUUCUUCAUGUCUAUUGCUUUUAAGACGUGUGUCAUGACAUUCAGUAACAAAUGAUUUACAAAAUGUUUUAUAGUUGGGUCUUGAGAAUUACUAGUAACUGUUAUGUAUAACAAGAUUCAGUAUAUUCAGGAAAUAUCCUUAUGGUUAAACAAGACAUUCUUUCCUCCAACAAUAUAUAUUUCUGAUGUAUUGGUUCUGCAUAACAAUAAUAUUAUUAUAAUAUUUUAAUAUUAAAAAAAAAUAAUUUAGUUAAUGUCAGAGACUUGAGAAAUAUUAGCUGGUUAUGAUUUGUGUUUGAGAUCUCCAAAAUGUUAAUUAUGUGUUCAUUGAUUCAGAAGAAUUAAAAAUAUAUAUGUAAAGG